GAGAACCCCCUGGGCCUGCUGUACGGAAGCCUACAAGGCGGGGUGGUAACUACUGUCCUUGCUGCUAACUCGUCCAGUUGUCCUGAUGCCCAGCGCCAACGCCAGCCGCAAGGGACAGGAGAAGCCGCGGGAGAUCAUGGACGCGGCGGAAGAUUAUGCUAAAGAAAGAUAUGGAGUACCUUCAAUGAUACAGUCACAAGAAAAACCAGAUCGAGUUUUGGUUCGGGUUAGAGACUUGACAGUACAAAAAGCUGAUGCAGUUGUCUGGGUGCGUGCAAGGGUUCAUACAAGCAGAGCUAAAGGGAAGCAGUGUUUCUUAGUCCUCCGUCAGCAGCAGUUUAAUGUCCAGGCUCUUGUGGCUGUGGGAGACCAUGCAAGCAAGCAGAUGGUUAAAUUUGCUGCCAACAUCAACAAAGAGAGCAUCGUGGAUGUAGAAGGUGUUGUGAGAAAAGUGAAUCAGAAAAUUGGAAGCUGUACACAGCAAGAUGUUGAAUUACAUGUUCAAAAGAUUUAUGUGAUCAGUUUGGCAGAACCUCGCCUACCCCUGCAGCUGGAUGAUGCCAUUCGACCUGAAGGGGAAGAAGAGGAAGGAAGAGCUACAGUUAACCAGGAUACCAGACUAGACAACAGAGUCAUUGAUCUUAGGACCUCAACUAGUCAAGCAGUUUUCCGUCUUCAGUCUGGCAUCUGCCAUCUCUUCCGGGAAACUUUAAUUAACAAAGGUUUUGUGGAAAUCCAGACUCCCAAGAUUAUUUCAGCUGCCAGUGAAGGAGGAGCCAAUGUAUUUACUGUGUCGUAUUUUAAAAAUAAUGCAUAUCUGGCUCAGUCCCCACAGCUGUAUAAGCAGAUGUGUAUUUGUGCUGAUUUUGAGAAGGUUUUUUGUAUUGGACCAGUAUUCAGAGCUGAAGACUCCAAUACCCACAGACAUCUAACUGAAUUUGUUGGUUUGGAUAUUGAAAUGGCUUUUAAUUACCAUUACCAUGAAGUUGUGGAAGAAAUUGCUGACACCUUGGUACAAAUAUUCAAAGGACUUCAAGAAAGGUUUCAGACUGAAAUUCAAACGGUGAAUAAACAAUUCCCAUGUGAACCAUUCAAGUUCUUGGAGCCAACUUUAAGACUAGAGUAUUGUGAAGCAUUGGCUAUGCUUAGGGAAGCUGGAAUUGAAAUGGGCGAUGAAGAAGAUCUGAGUACACCAAAUGAAAAACUUUUGGGUCGUUUGGUAAAAGAAAAGUAUGAUACAGAUUUUUAUAUACUUGAUAAGUAUCCCUUGGCUGUACGACCUUUCUAUACCAUGCCUGACCCAAGAAAUAUUAAACAGUCUAACUCUUAUGAUAUGUUUAUGAGAGGGGAGGAAAUAUUGUCGGGAGCUCAAAGAAUCCAUGACCCUCAACUGCUAACAGAGAGAGCCGUACAUCAUGGAAUUGAUUUAGAGAAAAUUAAGGCUUACAUCGAUUCUUUCCGCUUUGGAGCACCUCCUCAUGCCGGUGGAGGGAUUGGGUUGGAACGAGUGACUAUGCUGUUUUUGGGAUUACACAAUGUCCGUCAAACCUCGAUGUUCCCUCGUGAUCCUAAGCGACUCACUCCUUAAA